AUGGAUGUGAUGCAGCGUUACGUUUCGCCCGUGAACCCGGCCGUUUUCCCCCACCUCGCCACCGUGCUCCUGAUAAUCGGAACCUUCUUCACCGCCUGGUUCUUCAUCUUCGUGGUGUCCCGGAAAAGCUCCAAGGAGAGCACCCUGAUCAAGGAACUGCUGAUUAGCCUGUGCGCCUCCAUCUUUUUAGGAUUCGGCAUCGUAUUCCUGCUGCUAACCGUCGGUAUUUACGUAUGAGAUACAAUCUAGGCAAAGACCAUUCCGUAUAGAAAUAAACUAAAGAUAUGUCCGUGGGCGUGAACGUA